AUAUCGUCUAAGUUUAAGCCACGUAGAACCUUAGAAGUUUCUGGAGACAAAGCUGACCCUAAAAAACUCUGUUGCGUGAAAUUUAAUCAAGUUGAAUCGCUGCGGAUUAAGGCACGGAUAUAGCUCGAUCGAUUUUGCUGCAGGUAUUGUUCUGAUCUUCUUCGUCAUAGUUGUACGUAGUUGGUGAUUUAUUUUUAAGCGGUGAAGAAUGAGGGGUAGAAGUUACAGCUACAGCCCUUCACCACCAAGGUACCAUAGCAGAAGGAAUCGAAGCCCUAGCCCAAAGCGUCAUGCUAGAGAUCUUCCUACUAGCCUAUUGGUUCGCAACCUUCGCCUUGAUUGUAGACCAGAAGAUCUUCGUGUGCCAUUUGGAGAGUUUGGCCCUCUGAAAGACGUUUACUUGCCACGUGACUACUAUACAGGAGAGCCACGUGGAUUUGGUUUUGUUCAAUUUCUUGAUCCAGAAGAUGCUGCAGAAGCCAAAUAUCAAAUGGAUGGUCAGAUUCUUCUUGGUAGGGAGCUCACAGUUGUGUUUGCUGAAGAAAAUAGGAAGAAGCCUUCAGACAUGAGAGCAAGAGAACGUUUUAGGGGACGAUCUUAUGAUCGUAGAGUGUCUUCUUCUUCUUCUUUCAACCGUUAUUCUCGUUCCCCGCCACGUGGCAGAUCAUAUCACCAUUCUCCUCCUAGACGCCGUCAUCAUUACUCAAGGUCAAUCUCACGAGACCGAAGCUACAGGGACAGAUACAGGUCUUAUUCAAGGUCUCCAUAUGGUUCCAGGAGUCCCGAAGGUUAUUAGUUGACAAUUAACAGAGUCUUAAUGUCUGGAUUAACAAAUUCCGUUAUGGAAUAUGGAUGUUGAUUUUACGUGAACAACUUGAUAUAAUAUAGAUAUGCAUCUAGAUAUUUACUUGUUUCAAACUUAUUUCUGUCUCUUCGGAAUUGUAGAAGACAUUUAAGAUGUGCCACAACUAUAAUAUCCACAUCAGUUUUUUUUUUUCUUCGCU